AAUUCAAUCAAAUCUUAUAGCCAGUUAUCAAGUGAGAGUGCUGUUGUAAAGUAACAAAAGACCCACAGAAUUAAAUACCAAACGAAACGAAUCGAAGAAAGUUAACCGUUCUGCAUCAAUACUUACAAGUCCAUCCAUCCAGCUAAUAGUGGCAACAUCGACAUCUUCAACUAUGUAUAUGAUUGUGCUGACCGUUCUUCUAGCAUGUACAUGGGCUGUACAAGGCCAAGGAUGCUCUAGAAGUCCCUGUGGCACGAAUGCAAUAUGUCGAGAAACUGUUGCCGGUGGUCCAGUAUGUUCUUGUCCACCAGGUCAUUCAGGAGAUCCAACAAUUUAUUGCCGUCGACCUGAAUGCUUGGAUCAUACGGAAUGUAUAGGAAAUAUGGCCUGUCGAUCGGGAAGUUGUGUUAAUCCUUGUAUUGGUUCAUGCGGACAAAAUGCGAAUUGUGAGGUGAGAAACCAUGUGGCAGCUUGUAGUUGUCCAGCUGGUUAUACAGGAGAUCCGUUUUUAUAUUGUCGACGUGCCGACCCAGAGGAACUAUGUCAUCCGUCACCAUGCGGUCCAAAUAUGAAAUGUUCAGUUCAAAAUGGUGUGAUAAAUUGUUCAUGUUUACCGGGAUUCAUUGGUUCGCCAUUGGGUGGUUGCCGUCACGAAUGUGAAAGUGAUGGUGAAUGUGGUGGUCAAGAGUUUUGUAAAGAAUUUAAAUGUGUAUCAUCGUGCUCACAAUGUGGACAAGGAGCGUCGUGUAUUCGAACCACCAACCAUCGGCCUGUUUGCGAAUGUCCAAAGGGAUACAUUGGCAGUGCGUAUACGGACUGUCGACCGGAAUGUUAUAGUGAUGUUGACUGUCCAUCGAAUCGACCAGCUUGUUUCUACGGAGUUUGUAAAAAUACUUGCGAUGGAGCUUGUGGAGUCGGAGCUGAUUGCAAUUUGCGAGGUUUAACUCCUGUGUGUAGUUGUCCACGAACCAUGACUGGCGAUCCAUUCAUCAAUUGUAGACCGUUUACAGCAGCCGAUCUAUGCGAACCGAAUCCGUGUGGGACUAAUGCACAGUGUAUACCAGGUCAUGAUAACACCGGCAAAGAACGACCCGUAUGCAAAUGCUUCCCUGGAUAUACCGGCAAUCCGUUAAGUCAUUGCACUCGAGGUGAAUGUCAAAGUGAUGAUGAAUGCAGUGACAACCGAUCGUGUCUCAAUUAUCAAUGUAUUAAUCCUUGUGUCGGUCAAUGCGGUGCUGCGGCAACGUGUGAAGCGAAAAGACAUUUGGCAGUUUGUAAAUGCCCUCAUGGUACGGACGGUGAUGCUUUAGUAUCAUGCAGACAAUCGAGAACGUAUCCAGUAGCUCGAUAUCAUCGGAAAUAAUUACACCGCGAGUGUUUUUCGUUAAAAAGUUGUUGUGUUCGUUGUGUGAUUUUUGAUAUUUUUUGCUUGAACUUUUGUUAUCGAACAGCAGAGAGCAGAGAGUCAAAUACAAAAAAAUUAACGAGAAAAA